AUGGCAGCAAGUGCUGAAAUUGGACAAAUUCUAACAAAACAUUAUCAAGAUGGUAAAACAAUCGCUGCCAUUUCUGCUGGACCACGAGCGUUAUUAUCACAUAAAAUUGGUGUUGAUCAUAAACAUACUAUAAUAUGUUAUCCAACUGUACGGAAGGAAUUUACUGAUGGUGAACCAUAUAAAUUAGAUACACCUGAUCAUGCCGUUUGUCAUAGCAAGCAUAUGAUAAAAGGUGCUGUAGAAAACGAAUAUCAUUUGGUUACAACUCAGGAUCCUACUAGAUCGAUGGUUUUUGCGUUGAAACUUAUUGAACUUCUGAAAGACAAAGAUGAAGCAACGAAAGUUAAAGAUGGAUUACUUGCUUAA